AUGGCUGAAAGUUCUGUCGCGUCAAUACCAUUGUCGAGUGCUGUACAAGUGAGUUAAAAUAUUUUUUGAAAGUUUAAAAAAAAGUUUUUUAAAUUUUUUUUGUUUUAAAAAUUGUUUUAAUGGGUUUAAAUUUUUCAGAAUAACGUUGUUAAACAAGAACGAGAGCUACUAGCGAUUGCAUUGAAAAGACUAAAUGCCUUGAGAAAAGAAGUUCAAGACAAGAAUGGAGACGAUCGUUCGAAGUCUGUGCCUAAAAAUGCUUGGGAGUUUACGCCUUAUUUGGACAUUUACUUUGAUUAUCAGGUAAAGUAGCUUUACAUAAAUUAUUAAGUUGUUCAAAUCAUUUUGUGCUUUCUCUCAAAGCAUAGUUUUGGGAUUGGGGAGCAGAGAAUUAAUCGAACAAUCUAAUAUACAUUUGGUCUUCAUAAAGGUUGGAUUUAAGUUGUUUUAAAUUUUUCUAUAAACUUUUGGCCAAAAACUAUUAUCCUUCCUGAAAUUUUUAACUACGACUAUAAAAUUGAUUUCCAGGACAAAAGCCAGCUUCAUUUUGUGAAAACGUCGAAGAUUCGAGCUUAUUUCUUGUUCAAACCUUCAUCUUCGACAUGGGUUUACCUCGAACGAAACGCUUCUGGUCAGGAUAUCUGCUACAUCGUGAACCGAGACAAACAAGGUAUUCCGAUGAUUCAGAAACUAAAUUAG